UUCUUCACUCGCCCAUACUACGCCUCCCUUCGACUUCCGCCAUUCUGUUUGUGUAUACGUUGGCAGUUUAACUUUCUCCCGUCAACCAUUGACUCUCAAGGAAAUCAAAUCAUCUGUUUUCUGUACGACUGGUUAUAUCACGACCAUGGUACCUUGCUUCGGACGGUUACCGCCUCGUACCGAUGCAGUUUUCCGUCUCGCUAUGUGUGGUCGAUCUCGCCACUGCAAUCUAUUAGCCGACAAAGGUCUGUAUGAUAUUUAUAAUCAUAUAUGAUACUUGUAUCAAAAUUCACAUCAGAGUGUAGAGAAAGUUCGACACCAAACACCGGGACCAAACAUUGCCGAAGUACCGGCUUAAUUUCUCAGCCUGAGUCUCCAGAGACUGGUGACGCGCGUGAAUCUCUCUCUUUGACGGAGUAAAGAUAUCUUUCAUCUCGGUAAUGAAUGACCACAUCCACGAUUUCCAAAAUGAUUAUGGUCUGAUGUAGCUACGAUGCCGUUUCCUUCCCACCCUCGCCCGACCUUCGUCCUUUUCAUCAUCGCUGUCAUCUUCGUCAUCGUCUCGAUAUCAGCGAUACUUUCAUUACCUCCUGUUGCUGCAAAUAAAAAAAUCAGCAAAGAUACUGGUCGUGGUGACCCGGAACUGCUGUUUCAAGCCAACGGAAAUACACCCCCAGAGCAACUCAAGGGACCCAGGAUUUCAUUGGCAUCAAGCAACACCAAAUGCGUACCCCACCAGAAACUGGUCUUCCUGAAGACACACAAGACAGGGUCAACAACCUUGGCAUCCAUUAUCCAACGGUAUGGUUACCUCAACAAUCUUACCUUCCUGGUCCCACAUCGAAACCACUUUGUCAACUACCAGAGGAUCUUUAACGUGGACAAGAUCAACCUUACAGAGGUGAAAGAUACGGGGAAAGUCCGAUGGUCAUUUCAGACGGGAUAUGAUAUCCUCACCAACCAUGCACGUUAUAACCGAUCAUCCAUGGACAUGGUCUUCCACGAUGCCAGAUACAUUACGAUACUAAGAGAACCGUCCGCCCAGUUUGAAUCUGCAUUCUACUACUUUGAAAUCUGGCGGUCCAUUCCGCGGUCUCGAGAACCGCUCAAGUUGUUCAUGGAAGAUCCAGAACUGCACUUCCGGAAAGUCAUGCAAACGCGACAGUACUACAAAGACAGCAUGCACAACCAGCAACUAUUUGACCUCGGUAUGUCGCAUGACGACAUGGAUGAUGAUGACAAGGUCAAGAGGAAAAUCCACGAGAUCGAUGCCGAAUUCGACCUCGUUAUGAUCACCGAGUACUAUGAUGAGUCUCUAAUUCUCCUCAGGAAACUUCUUUGUUGGAGUAUGAAUGAUAUUCUGUAUCUCGCUAAAGGAACGCGUACGCCCGACUACCACGUCGAGGUUGGCCCAGACCUUCGCACUAAAAUACAAACAUGGAACAAAGCAGACGUCUGGCUCUAUAAGCAUUUUAAUGAGACGUUUUGGCGGAAAGUGAGAAGUUACGGUCCCGAGUUUGGAAAAGACCUUGCGGAGUUCCGAGCGAGACUUGCUGCCACGCAUGACUCUUGUUGCAAUAGUACCCGUAUGAACGCGAGAGAUAGGAGGGUAAUGCUUUUUUCUCUUAAGAAUAACCCUUCAGUGUGGUGCAAACACCUUGCCAGAGGAGAUGUUGACUACACCCGACUUAUCAGGGAACGUAUGACGCAACGUGGUAUACCUACAUACUCUUCACGGGAACACCAUGGGCGGAAACAAAACUCUUGAACUUUUAGAUAUUUCGUUGAAUACUAUGUAUUUUUCUUUAAAUACUUGAAUACUAUGUAUUUGAAAAAUAAUGUUCAUUUUAUAGUUAUAAUCUUUCUUGAAAAGAAUCCCUUCAGAAUAUAAUAUUUAAAGAACUUUUGUUAUUGAAAUUGAGUUCCUAUAAUUUGUUUGGUGCAAGAUUUUUUUUUUUGCUCCAGUAGCACCAAAGGAGGGUCCUAAUUUUCUUGGUCAUUUUUAUACAAAGAUUCCAAUUCCUACCUAUGGUAUUACGCAUGAUUGUCUGUCAUAGUAGCUUUAUUUAGCGUCCCGUUUUAAUAAGUGAUUUUCUUGUGAUUGAAUUGAUGAAGAAUAAAGAGAUCUCAUGAUAUUAUCACAAGAUAAUGUUCACAUCUCUCUUACUUUUCGGC